CGCGUAUAAAAGGGAGGGGCAUUCUCUCGUCCUCUUCUCUCCUCUCCUCUUCUUCCUUCUUCUCUACUCUUGACUCUUUCUUGUUGCCACCAAAUACAUAUACAUAAAAGAGCUACAUCCCUUCCCCCCUCUCUUUGAACCGCAUUCCAACCCCAACUUCCGUCUCCGCUCCUUCUCUCCACUCUCUCUCACUCCGCUUCUCACACCAAGCACUAUGCUGCGCCAGACCCUCAACAUCCAGGCCAACGCCGCCCUCAAGAGCCUCCCCCACCUCGCGCCCGCACGGGCAUCGACCUCAGCCCUCGCCGCCAUCUCCCACUCCAUUCGUCUCCAAGCCCAGGCCAUCCGCGAGUACUCCGCCCCUUCGGCCCCCUCUGCCUCUCCUUCGUCCUCGUCCUCGUCCGCGAACCCAGGCCAGCAACCCAAGUACCGCCAGUUCCACACCACGGACAUUGCUCAACAGGCCCGUGAGGUCCCUGGAUUCCCCAUCCUCGAGGACCCCCUGGUCCACAACCACUCGAUCCCUAGUUUCAUGGUCGGUACCCAGAACGGAUUCUUGCCCCGACAGGAUCCUUUGGAUGUGUUGCCAAAGGAGUAUGAGGCCCUAGAGCAGUUGCUCCAGAAGAUGCCGUUGACACUCAAGGAUGGCACCCCUGGUCUGUUGGCCCAGGGCAAGUUUGGAGAGGCCUGCAAGGGUCUCCCCCAGUACGACCUGUCGAACGUCGAGGACUCGGAGCUGUUGUCCGCUCUUUACCGCGACUACACCUUCGUGGCCUCGGCCUAUUUGCUCGAACCCUGCGAUCUGCUCUACCGCAAGACUGGCGACUAUGGCCUCGGACGCUCGGUUCUGCCCAAGAACAUUGCUGUGCCCCUCGUGCAAGUCGCCGAGAAGAUUGGCGCCAAGCCCUUCAUGGAGUAUGCUCUUUCAUACGCUCUCUACAACUACCGCAGGAUCGACAAGAGCAAGGGCCUGGUGUGGGGCAACCUGGAGCUGAUCCGUCCCUUCUCCGGCGACCCAUCCGAGCUCGGCUUCAUCAUCUCACACGUCACCAUGGUCUCCCAUUCCGGCGAGCUCGUCAAGAACACAAUGCGCACACUCGAAGCUGCCGAUAAACACAACCGCCAGCUCUUCAACGAUUCUCUCUCGAAGGUGGUCUCGACUUACGAAAAGAUCAACAUGGAGAUGGACACGAUGUGGGAACGCUCCCUGCCCGCAGACUACCUCAAGUUCCGAACCUUUAUCAUGGGAACCAAGAACCAGCCCAUGUUCCCGAAAGGCGUCAUCUAUGAGGGUGUCUCAGACGAGCCGAUGUUCCAUCGUGGAGAGUCUGGAGCGAACGACUCGAUGGUCCCCAUGGGUGAUAACCUCCUCCAACUGACCGAGAGCAUGCCCUCGAACCCACUGACGGCUGUCCUGAAGGACUUCCGAACCUAUCGCCCCCACAACCACGCCGAGUUCUUGGAGUUUGUCGAGAAUAAGGCCCGACAGGCCCAGGUCCGGCAUUUCGCUGAGCAGGACCCGAACUCGGCGGCUAUCUACCUCGCUGCCGUUGACCAGAUCCGCAACUUCCGAAACCGCCAUUGGAGCUUUACGAAGGAGUACAUUAUCAAGUACACGAAGCACCCUGUCGCGACCGGUGGAUCGCCUAUUGUGACCUGGUUGCCUAACCAGUUGGCGACGGUUCUGAAGACCAUGCAGGAGGUCGGAGCCAAGAUCGAUGAGAACAGGUUGUUGCCGGAGAACAAGGACCUCGUCAAUGUUCUGACAAAGAGGGCAGAUGCACAGGCUCGUAUCCUCGAGAGGGAGGUCGCUCAUCUCCGCACCGAGAUCAAGGACCAGGACAAGGUCUAACUCCUCACCAAUGCCUUCUUGCUUUCCUUGCAUUCAUCGACAUAUAUAUAUAUAUAUAGUUAGCUCCCUUUCAUUGUCACAUAGUCUUCAACGUAGAAAAAGAAAAGAAAAACAAAACAAAACAAUUGCCAAAUAACAGCUGCGC